CCCGAAGCAGUGCCAUCAGUUUUUGACUUUCCGACACAUUUGAUGCCACCAAAUAAACAGCCACGACGACAUGUUGUUAGGAUUUUGAGUGACAACGAUGAUUCUCCAUUUGAGCGUUUUGUCAUGGAAUCCGUGCUCGAUUUGCCUAUUGCAGACGCUACUGAUUGCGGGGAGAAUGUUGUCAAUGAGAAUUCUUCCGUGGAAAGCAUGUCCCACUUAUCCAAUGCAGAAGCUGCGAAUUGUGUCGAAAACAGUGCAGUUGAUUCUUCAGUAAUUGAUUGUGGUAUACAGUCGAAAGUAGAAAUGGAAGACAUGGCUACCGAAACUUGCAUUUUUUUUUCCUCAGACAUUGUGCACGAAUUAAAACGUAAACUGAAGUGUGUCCGUGAAAAACUUCGAAGAAGAAAGUGUUUUCCAUGGAUGACAUCAUAAGUUCAUUGAAGGAGAAGGGGCAUCUUCCUGAGAAGUUACAUAACUUCCUCAAUCAUCAGAAAGGAACACAAGUGGAAUUAAUGUGCAAUGUAGUUAACACCUCUCUCUCGUC